CCUACCUACCUCUCUUUUCCCAAUUAUUAAUUAAGUUGUGAAGAUGAAAACCCUCGUGGCACUGCCACUCUUAUUCAUCGCACUGUCCCUUCUCAUUCUUCCCAACCCAACUCAUUCUAUACGCAAUAAUCCCAUCCGCCUUCCCACCGCUGCUCAUGUCGUAGCUCUAGCGUCUGAUGACGUCACUCCGGUGGUUGACAUCGACGGACACGAGCUCCAGCCCACCGGAGAUUACUACAUAUUCACCCCUGAUCCGGAACUAGGUCAAGGAGUGGUUGGGUUGAGUCGUGAUGCUAACAAAUGCCCAAUAAUGGACGUCAUCCUAUCCACCGACUCAUCAGCCGACCCCGUUAUAAUCACGCCGGCGGACCCCAACGCCACCCAAGUCUUGGAAUCCACUUUCCAGAGCUUCAAAUUCAACGCUAGUGUUCCUCUCUGUGGGAAUAACGUGUUUUGGGAGAGUCACUACGACAUUCAAAUAGGGCAACACAUCUUGCAGACUGGCAACGCUAGCCAUAGCCCAUUCCUGAUUGAGCGGGCCUACCCAGACGCCGGCACUGACUUUCCUAUUAUUUACAAAAUCACUUACUGUCUUGACGAUGAUUGCUACAACGUUGGCACAUACUACGACACCUUAAUUCACGCUAGGCGUCUGGUUCUUAGUCGUGAAUCUUUCCUCCCGGUUGUGUUUCAGAAACGUACUCCGCCGGUGCUCGACCACAUCGGAGACCAGCUCCUCGCCGGCGACCUUUACAACAUACUCUCCAUUGAUGAUCCCGAAGGAGAAGUGGCACUUGUUAGGUUGGAGGUCAACAACGACACAUGCCCAAGCGACGUGAUCAUACAUGACGAAUUAGGCGACCCCAUUAUAUUCCAAUCGUGGGGCCCCGCCUUCGUCUUGGAAUCGACUCUCCUCACCAUCAAAUUCAAGCCUUUGCAGCCCACCCCAAAUUGUACAGAAAACGUAUAUUGGGACAGUCAGCCCGACCCAAGCACCGGCCAAAUUUUCGUGAAAGCUACCUCUUUUUUCUCGAAGCUGUUCAAGAUUGAGAAGGUCCCAUCGCCGGAUGAGACUUACUUUUACAAAAUCAUGUACUGUCCUCCGGCUACCCCAUGCUACAACGUUAGCACCUACAAAGACACGCGUCCGUCCGUUAACGCUACUCGUUUGGUUCUCACUUAUGAUAUCCCCCACCCUUUUACGUUUAAGAAAGUUAUCACACUGUAAGCACUUGCCGGUAAUGUAGUACGUAGUUGCAUGCUAUAUGAUAAAUAAGUUACGUUGCAACUGUAUUGACAACGUACAUGCAUGCAACAAAUCCGGCCUACCUUCUUCAA